GAUUUAUAUCAAAAUUUAUUAGAAUGGCUGUAUUUGAUUUUUUAAACCCUCUUGCAAAUGUAACACCACGUUUUACUGAAGAACAGCUAGAACAAAUGGUUCAAUGGUUUGAUGAAAACUCCAAACCUUUGUUAAUAAUAAAUAAUGCUGAAGAACCGACAAAUGUAGUAACUAUCGAACAAUUAAUAUCAUUUUUGGAAUUAAAGAAGUUCCACAGAAGAGCAUUUAAGUAUCCUAGUUAUCUCGAAAUUAUGACUGAAGCAGAAAAAUUGAAUGCAGGAGUUAUAAGAAUGUUAACAAAAGAUCAAUUUAUUUACAUAUUAAAUGUAUGGGUGCAAGAAGCUGAUAUAAAACAUGAAUUACAGCUCGCUUUUAAAGUCUUCGAUACUGAGAACAGAGAAUACUUGGAGCUCGAUGAAAUAAAAGAGAUAGUGACUGUGUAUGGUGAUCAUCCAUUCGACGAGCGUGAAGCGUUAGAAAUCAUGCGCGACGCCAACGUUCGAGGCGAUGGACAAGUAUUUUAUGCCGAUUUCAUAGAAAGUUUAUUUAGUCUUGCCCCUGAAUUGUACAAAAUGAAGACAGAUUAUUUGUAUGAAAACGCCGAUGAGGAUCCUUCCGUGCCUCCAGAACCCGUUGUGGAAGAACCACCUCCCCCCCCCCCACCACCGCCACCCCCUCCACCUCCUCCUUCGGCGCCUCCACCAGCAGCAAAGGGGGGUAAAAAAAAGAAGUAAUGUCAAUCGUACAAUUAUGUGUUGUUAAAGUACAUAUUUUAAUCGUACAAAAUUGUUUGUUGUUAAAGUACAUAUUUGUGAUUAUGAUAUAAAUGCGUUUUAUUUAAGUAGUAUUUUUUAUUU